CCAAGAUUUCGCUCCCUUGUUCUUCCUUCUUACACACUUCCCUAAUUCCUACUCCCUCCACCUCUGUAAAAUGUUUGGCUUCCGUGUCUAACUUUCGCGUCCAAAAAACUCUCUCUAGUGUCUGCGACUCCCAUCUCUCCCUCAACUCCCUUGCAAAGUCUCAAAAUUGGAAAACUCUAACAAAGCUUUCAAUGCCAAUAUAGGCCAAAAGCAAGAGUUCUGUAAGUCUGCUUGAUUGUUUUUUACAACAUUGUCACACAUUCAUUCUCUUCUUCCUCUUUUUUUUUUGGGUGUUUUGUGUUUUUGGCAACAUGGCCGUCCUUAUUUGGAAGGAAAUCCAAAAUAAAUAGAAUAUUUUGGAGUUGAAAAGGUAUUGGAGUUGGUAAAUUGAGAGACUUGGACUUGGUCUUUUUUCUCUCCUUCAAUUUCUUUCAAGAAUUUUGAGCUUUUGGCUUCUUCAAGUGGGUUUUCAUCAGAGAAAACUCAAUAAAGAUGGCUAGUGAUUAUCAGCAUGCAAGAAUAAGACAACAAUUUCACAACUACAGCGGCUAUACUUUUGACAUUGAUAACGUGGAGGGGGAUGUAGAGUUCUCCACCUACACAGUUCAAGCACCACCCACUCCUGACAACCAGCCCUUGGAAAUUUUCGUUGAUGACAAAACAGGAUCGAAUUCAAUGUUUUCCGGUCAUCAUGAGCGACUAACACAAGCCAAUUCAAAGAAAAGUGGGAAUUCCGCAAAAGGGUCGUGGUCAGAUGAGGGUGAUUUCAACUUUUAUAGGGAUGGUUACAGAGAAGCUGAUGAAACUGGUGACGGGGUUGUUACAGGGCAGGACUUGCCUGAUACAAGAAACCCUUUUAGUGGUUUGCAGGGGGCGCUUUCCUCCGCAAAAUCUUUGCCAUCAUCAGAGGAUAGGAAUGUAUCGGUGAAUCGUCAUAUUGAUGGUUUUGAUGAUUGUGAAUGGAUGUUUGAGUCUAAAAGGAGUUACGGCUAUGGAAGUGCUUUGCAUAAUGAGGAUGCCGGUAGUGGGUACUCCGAUAGUAUUGGCGGUGAUACAAAAGCAUUUAUUGAUAAGCGAUGGAGACCUCUUGCUCGGGUAGUGAAGAUAUCCACCGCAAUUCUUUGCCCAUAUCGACUCUUAAUCUUCGUUCGCAUGGUUGCGCUUGUGUCAUUCAUGUUGUGGAGGGUUUUACAUCCUAAUGAAGAUGCAUACUGGCUAUGGGGCAUGUCUGUGGCUUGUGAAAUUUGGUUCUCCUUCUCUUGGAUACUUGAGCAGCUUCCAAAACUCUGCCCGAUUAAUCGUGAUACUGACCUUGAUGUUCUAAAAGAGAAAUUUGAAUCUCCAAGUCCGAGUAAUCCUACCGGAAAAUCUGAUCUUCCUGGCAUUGACAUAUUUGUUUCUUCAGUAGAUACAGAGAUAGAACCACCACUUGUUACUGCAAACACUGUCCUGUCUAUUCUUGCAGCGGACUACCCGGUAGAGAAACUCUCUUGUUAUGUUUCUGAUGAUUCUGGUGCCCUUCUUACCUUUGAGGCCAUGGCAGAGACAGCUAGUUUUGCCGGAAUCUGGGUCCCCUUCUGUAGGAAACAUGAUAUUGAGCCCAGAAACCCAGAAUCAUAUUUCAAGUUGAAGAUUGAUCCCUACAAAGACAAGGUAAGGCCAGAUUUUGUUAGAGAUCGCCGGAAGGUAAAACGUGAGUAUGAUGAGUUCAAGGUUCGGAUCAAUGGCCUUUUCGACUCAAUUCGUCGUCGUUCUGAUACCUAUAAUACUCGAGAAGAGGUCGGAAUAUUGAAGCAAUGGAGAGAGAAAAAUGAUGAUGAACCAAUUGAGAGUUUGAAGAUUCCAAAAGCAACUUGGAUGGCUGAUGGAACCUACUGGCCUGGCACUUGGGCUGUUCCAGAUCCUGAGCAUUCUAGGGGUGAGCAUGCCAGUAUUAUACAGGUGAUGUUGAACCGUCCAGCAGAUGAACCAGUGCGAGGUGCAGCCGGUGAUGCUAGUUUUCUAGACCUGACUAAAGUUGAUAUUCGCCUGCCUAUGCUUGUUUAUGUUUCUCGUGAGAAGCGAACUGGAUAUGAUCACAACAAAAAGGCCGGAGCACUGAAUGCCCUGCUUCGAGCCUCUGCCAUUAUGUCCAAUGGCGCUUUUGUUCUUAACCUUGAUGGAAGCAACUAUAUAUAUAACUCCCAGGCAUUGAGAGAAGGCAUGUGCUUCAUGAUGGACCAUGAAGGGGAUCGCAUUUGCUAUGUCCAGUUUCCUCUGAGGUUCGAGGGCAUUGAUCCAUCUGAUCGCAAUGCCAAUUCUAAUACAGUUUUCUUUGAUAUCAACAUGCGAGCCCUUGAUGGGGUUCAAGGUCCAAUGUAUGUUGGAACAGGAUGCCUGUUCCGUAGAACUGCCCUUUAUGGCUUUGACCCACCUCGGCUUACAGAACCAGCUGAUCGCUCCUGUUGCUGCUUUCGACGUCGUCGCAAGGUGGCAACAAUAGCUUCAGACUCCGAAUCCAGCCAAGGAGUUGCACCUGAGGACGCUCGAUCACUUCGAAGGUGGGAGACUGAUGAUGAGGAAAUGAACAUUCCUCUUAUUAUCAAGAAGUUUGGGAAUUCAAGCUUAUUUAGCAACUCUAUUGGGGUAGCAGCAUAUGAGGGCCUGCCUAUUGCUGAUCCCCCAUCUGCAAAAAAUGGAAGACCGCCAGGAGCUCUCACCACUUCUAGAGGGCCUCUUGAUGCAUCAACAGUUGCAGAGGCGAUUGAUGCCAUCUCUUGCUGGUAUGAAGAUAAAACCGAAUGGGGCCAAAAUGUUGGCUGGAUAUAUGGGUCAACAGAAGAUUUGAUAACUGGCUAUAGGAUGCAGAAACGGGGUUGGAAAUCAGUGUAUUGUGUUACCAAGAUUGAUGCUUUCCGAGGGACUGCCUUGAUUAAUCUAACUGAUCGUCUCCAUCAGUUUCUCGACUCAGCUACUGGCUCGGUUGAGAUAUUCUUCUCUCGCAACAAUGCUCUUCUAGGAGGCAGUAAGUUGAAGUUACUGCAGCGUAUUGCAUACCUUAAUGGUGGACUAUCGCCAAUAACUUCCAUUUUCCUCACUGUCUACUGCUUCAUUCCUGCAAUCUCACUCUUUACGAAUCAAUUUAUUGUCGAGUCACUUGACAUAACUUUCCUCACACACCUUUUGGUCAUUACAUUGACGCUUUCUAUUAUCGCUACUCUUGAGAUCAAGUGGUCUGGCAUUGCGUUGGAAGAAUGGUGGAGGAAUGAGCAGUUCUGGUUGAUCAAAGGGACUAGUUCACAUCUUGCUGCUGUGCUACAUGGUCUGCUAAAUGUUUUCGGCGGGAUUGAGUUAUCGUCCACUUCAACAGCAAAAUCAGCCGGUGAUGGUGAUGAUGAUGAUGACGAGUUCGCUGAUCUCUAUACAAUAAAGUGGACAUUCCUGAUGUUACCUCCUAUCAUAAUCAUAAUAGUUAACUUGAUCGCGCUAGCAGUUGCAGUUUUCCGAACGAUGUAUAGUACUAACCCUAAAUGGAGCCAGUUUUUAGGAGGAGCGGGCUUCUGCAUUUGGGUGUUGGUUCAUCUCUUCCCCUUUGUGAAAGGGCUAACCGGAAAACGAGGGAAGACGCCCACCGUCGUGUAUGUAUGGGCGGGUCUUAUUUCAAUAUCUAUAUCUCUACUUUGGGUGGCCAUUAAACCCCCUUCAGGUAACAGUGACAUUGUUGGAUCAUUUCAGUUUCUAUGAGCUUCUUCAGUUUCAAGACAUAAUUUCUUCAAAUUUUUGGUCUUAGAAUGAGUAAAUUGUCAAUAUUUGUACAUAUGAACUUCAAUAAUCAAGGGGUGCUUUUGAUGGCCAUUUUUGAGAUCUAUUGAUCAUAUUGCUGCAUUCUCUU